CAUUCAAAAAAAAAGAUAAUAAAUGUAUGCAUAUCAAAUGACUUGUUGAGGGUUUUGUGAUAUAAACAAUCGGCCUAGUUAAAUGAAGGAAACAGUAAAUGAGGUGAGGAUGAGAAGUAUGGGUAAAUUCUUUGUGGAGAAAUGAUACGGUCCAUCCUGUUUCUCUUACUUUUCGCGACCUCUGAGGAGACAGGAGAAGAAAAGGAUCUCGUUUUCGUUCUGAACACUCCUUUGAUGAUGUCAGAUACAGACUUGUCCAAUGCCGUGGAUUUUAUUUAUAACAUCACAGAUCGUCUUACUAUAGGACCGACAAACACGUUAGUGGCAGCUCUCACCUACUCAGACCGAUCAACUCAACACUUCUCGCUAAAUUCCUACCCCACUAAGGGAGCUGUUCUCAGUUCUCUCGCUGCUCUGAAGUCCGUCAACAGAAGUCAUGAUAAAUCUAACCCGAACGAGGCUCUGGAGACUGUGAGACUAACAACAUUGAAGGGAUCUCGGGCCAGUUCCUCAAAAUUCGUUGUUCUUAUAGUUAUGCAGGGACCAGCUGCAGAUAGUAGAACGACGACUAAAUGGGCAGCGGAGGAUUUGUCAGCUGAUUAUAAAGCAACUCUUGUGACACUUGGACUGGAUUCCUUGAGUGACAGUGAUAAAUAUCUAAUGACUUCAAUAACUCAAGAUGAAUCAAAGACAUUUUAUGUCAUUGAUUUCAAGUUCAGUUGUAAUGUCAUUCCAAAUGUCACCAAUCUAAUAGAUUCAUCAGCUGACACAAGCCCAAUAAUUAACUGCCCUGAUCCCAAUGCUGUGGGAGCCACGACAACGCCAGUGAAUGAUACUAAAGAUGAUUCCCUGCUUUUGGUCGUCAUUGGUGCCCUAAUAGGGACCCUCAUUAUCCUUGCCCUUCUGGUCAUUGCUUAUAAAUGUGUCAAGGGGAACGCAGAGAAGGACCUCCGUGUUCUGAAGGCUAUAGAGGUGUACGGAGAGGCCCGGUUUGGAACAUCUAAAGAAGCCUUCUGUCACGAGGAGUUCGGGGGGUCCGGUACGGUAGGGAAGGCGAAAUCCGACAAUACAGAAGAGAUCAAGUCAAUGUACAGUACGCGGCUGUUCCUGGCCCGAAACUUUGCAAAUGGACAAACCACUACGUUCAGCAAUAACAGAUGAAGCUAUGGUCAAUCCAGCAAUGAGAUAAAUACGACCAUGGUGGUUUUACAGAAUGAUAGAGAAGCAUAUGAUUCACAUAGUACAAUGCUGCAUUUACAAUAGUAUAAUAAUAAUUAUAUAAUAUGAAUGCAGUGUGUGUAUAUUCACUAUG